UCCAGCAGUGCCACACCAGCGCGUGGUGCAUGCUGGGUAAUACUCGGAAAAAGAGCAGGAUCCACAGACACUCUCGUACUCACACACACACACACACACACACACACACACACACAGAGACAGAGCGGAUCUCCCGUGACGCCGGAGCGCGGGAUGCGCUCGUGAGGAUGGGACACUUCACUCCGGUCUCGUGAGGUGUGAGUUCGUGGCUGUGUUUCUGCUCAAGGCCCCAUGGAACCUGACGUGAUACGCAUGUACUCCUCCUCUCCACCCCCGAUGGAGGACGGCAUCGAGGACGAGGACGACGAAUUCAGCAACUUCACCGGCGUCCCGAACAGCACCAGCUUCGACACGCCCACCACGUUUGACCAGUCUCAGGCUUUGAACGCCACUUCGCCGCCGGAGCUGCUGAGCAAUGGGAGGAUCGUGGGACUGUCCGCUCAACCAGCAGGGUCUACGAAAGCUAAUGGCGUGACGCCUGGCUCUGGCCAGACCGCCACGCCCAAUGGCAAAAUGGUUAGCGUCGAGGAACUCAAAAAGUUCAGCGAGCACCAAGCUCACAUCGCAUCCCUGGAGUUCGCAACGGGGUCUCGGACUGACAGCGACGCCAUUGACUGCAAUGGCACAGUUGAAGUGCUCACGAACGGGUUUGCGACAUUAGACCAAGGUGGAAGCACGCCUACGCCACACAAAACCAACGAAUUUGAUGUCAGUCCAGAUGAUUUUGCAGAUUUCUCUGCCUUUUCAAAUGCGGAACACAACCAGCCUUCAGAGACAGACUGGGAACAUUCUAAUCAAGGGUGCAUACCGCCACAGAAUGAUGCUAACGACAGCGUUGAAGAGCGAGGAACUAGUUUAGAAGACAAUAGCAGGGACUCAAGAAACACAGGGUUUGGAUUCUUUUUGGAAAACUCUGAAAGUCUCAGCAACGGUGACUGGGGUUUCCAUAAAGGGUCGGAUUUAGAUCGAAGGGAGCUAGAAGCUGAUACUACUGAAGACGUUAGCUCGGUGCAACCGCUAGCCCUUAAUGGUGUCACUUUUAGUGAAACCGAUGAGAACAGGCUGUCGCCCGACUCUACUGGGGAUAAGUCUAGUGGCAAACAAUCAGAUGAGAAAGGCUCAGAGAAUGAGACUUUAGAAACGGAGACAGAAACGGAGACGUCCUUUGGUCGGCCGCUAUCGACAGACGCGCUCGAAGAAUUCGGUGACUUUAGCACGACGGGAUCCGUACCCUCGCCUCCACUUCAGGAGGAGACAGCCACUCCGGCCGACCACAGCCAGCUGGCCGAGGACGACGAUGAGGAUUUUGGAGAUUUCGGUGACUUUGGAGAUGCCAGCUCGUUUAGCGCGACUGGAUUUGCUGAUUUUGACCAGCAGGGGGUCUCUCAGCCUGAGCUGGACCCGAGUCCCCCGGUGGAGGUCGAAGAUGAUGAAUUUGGCGAUUUUGACACAUCAAAAGAACCUAGUAAAACAGACUUGGCAGGUGAGGAGGCAACGACGUUUGCGGAUUUUUCUGGAAGUGACAGUUUCGUGGAUUUUAGCUCCGCGCAGGUGGGCGAUAACGAAGGAUGGCAGGCUUUCUCUGAGCCGGAUCAGAGCCAGAAUGAAGGGGAAUCGUGGGCAUCAUUUGGGCGGGAACAGAAUGCAGCGGCUACAGAAAAAAACAGAGAUGAUUGGCAGGAAAGCCAGCCGGUUACGGCGCCCCCUACUGCUGCGGAGGAGCACAAAAGUUGUACAAUGUCUGCACUGGUCAGCCGCCUGGAGAAGAUUUUGCAGGCUAGUUUCGAGCUGGUUGUCGCCCCUCAGGUGGAGGAACAGGUGACCACGCUCAACACCUUCCUCAAACCUCCUGACACAUCACAACAGGAGGACACUGACAGAGGGCCGACCAAUGGGUUCUGUAGGGCACUGCGGGACGUUUGGCAGCAGCUGCAGGAUGUUAAUAAUGCCUACGGCCUCCGGUACCAGUGGGGCGGCUCUCAUACCAAUAAAGCACUGCUCUGCUCGCUUGGUAUCGACACCAGAAACAUACUAUUCACGGGCCAUAAAAAGCAGCCUGUAAUUGUGCCAAUGUAUGCUGCCAGUCUGGGGAUGCUGGAACCCACGAAAGAGCCGGUGAAGCCCGUCUCCGCCGCUGAAAUGAUCGCCUCAAUAGCACAAUCUCCUUCAGUCGCCACGGAGCUGAACACCUGUCCACCUGACACCGCCCAGGAGUCUCUUCCUCCCGUUCAGUUUGACUGGAGCAGCAGUGGCCUUACAAACCCUCUGGACGCGAGUGGAGGCUCCUCUCUGCUCAACCUCGAUUUUUUCGGCCCUGUGGACGAGUCGCCCUCCAGCACGGCCACCUCCAUACCAGGCGUGGACCCGGAGCUGUACGAGUUGACCCAAGCGAAGCUGGAUGUCAGUGGAGGCAGCAGUAGAGUUGUGGAUGCGUUCGCUCGCCUCAUGUCGACCGUCGAGAAGACCAGCACCUCCACCAGUAGAAAGCCUGUGCAGGAGGAGAAUCUUAGCGAAGAGGCUCGGCGAGUGAUCUCAGGUCUGCCGGAUCUGUCGUUCAUGCAGGCUAAAGUCCUCAUGUUCCCCUCCACGCUGACUCCUCUCCUCCCCUCCUCCUCGCCUGACUGACGCGGUCCUCUCCUCCGUGCCGUUUCACCUCUUUCUCUGUGUAUCACUCUCCAGCUUUUCACGAAACGGACAGUUAUGAUUUUAAUUUCAUCCUUUUGGUUUUCUAGCUCCUGUUUGUCAUGUACCUGGGCGUUUUUAAGUUCAAAAACAUUGUCUAUGUUAGAGAGAGUGGAUGAGAUAAUCGACUAAUGAUCGAUCGCUUUAGAGGAGAAAAGACUAGAUCAUUUUAUUUGUAGGAUGAGAGUAGGAAAAGAGUUUGUGUUUAUAUUAGAGCCAAUCUGUAUAUAAUCAGGGAUGAUUUCGUUUUGAGUAUUCUUCACAGUUAAGAUAGUCUGUAUGAGAGAGAAACAGGCACUUUGUUAUUUUCAGGUCGUUUGUUUUUAUGAAACACUGGCUUAAAAGUCCUUCAUUGGCACAAAUGAUGAUGUGAAUGAUCUGAUUUGUAUUUAGAUAUAUAAAUGCGUAGUUAUAUCGACUUGAAACCAAACCGCCUGCAAAAUUUUCUUUCGAUUUUGCGUAACAAAGGCCUUAGUUUUUAAUCGUUUUGGCUAUUACAUUACAAUCAAUAUUGUUAUUACUUGUAGGUUUUAGGUGAUUUGAUUUCGCACAGGCGUUAGUGAACACUUUAUCCUUUUGUUGUGCAAAUAGUUUAACAAUUAACUCGCUUUCCACACCGACAGACUGCAGACAGAGUCCAUCAACAUCUAUAGAAACCACAUCUGUGCAUUAGCUGCUCAUGUUUUUCAGUUCUUAUUUUGUUUAUUUUU